GUACGACCAUGUCAGACUUCCAGUGUCUGGGGGUGCAGCCGCCCCUGCGCCGCUCCCCCACUCCUCAGCAGCACCGCACAACCCUCGCCACCCCGCCGAGCACGGCGUGCCCGUCACCCGGAGCAAAGUGCGCGAGAGCGGCAAGCGGGAGAAGAAGACGCUCGUGCUCAGGGACAGAAAUCUGUGCACCUCGAACGACGAAAAGCAGAAGCCCAGUGCCACCUGCCACUUCGGAGAUCGCUGCCUCUACCUGCACGGGGACGUGUGCGAGAUCUGCGGGCUGCAAGUGCUUCACCCCUUCGACCAAGAGCAGAGGAAGGCUCACGAGAUGAUAUGCAUGGCCACGUUUGAGCACGACAUGGAGAAGGCCUUCGCCUUUCAGGCGAGUCAGGACAAAGUGUGCAGCAUCUGCAUGGAAGUGGUGUACGAGAAAGCGUCAGCCUCUGAGAGGAGGUUUGGGAUCCUUUCCAACUGCAACCACACGUACUGCUUGUCUUGCAUCCGGCAGUGGCGGUGUGCCAAGCAGUUCGAGAAUCCCAUCAUCAAGUCUUGCCCGGAGUGCCGUGUGAUAUCUGAGUUUGUCAUUCCCAGCGUGUAUUGGGUAGAAGACCAGGAGAAGAAAAACGAGCUGAUCGAAGCCUUUAAGCAGGGAGUGGG